AUGUUCUGGAGUGGAAUAUUCAGCAGGUGGCAACAGCAAGUAAGGGUGUCCUCCAUUCCGCAUCUUCUUGGAUAUAGGGACUUUGACGUUUGUGAAUAUGAUCUCCAUUUAUCACAAGCAAGUUUCUGUAGUGAUGUUUUUUCUGUGCUUUUCUCGUGUGUGCCCCACUGCCCAUCGCCAUCACGCCAUUGCCCUCAUGCCACGUGCUUGCCUUCUGCCCUCGUGCUUCUGCCCUCGUGCUUCUGCCCUCGUGCUUCUGCCCUCGUGCUUCUGCCCUCGUGCUUCUGCCCUCGUGCUUCUGCCCUCGUGCUUCUGCCCUCGUGCUUCUGCCCUCGUGCUUCUGCCCUCGUGCUUCUGCCCUCGUGCUUCUGCCCUCGUGCUUCUGCCCUCGUGCUUCUGCCCUCGUGCUUCUGCCCUCGUGCUUCUGCCCUCGUGCUUCUGCCCUCGUGCUUCUGCCCUCGUGCUUCUGCCCUCGUGCUUCUGCCCUCGUGCUUCUGCCCUCGUGCUUCUGCCCUCGUGCUUCUGCCCUCGUGCUUCUGCCCUCGUGCUUCUGCCCUCGUGCUUCUGCCCUCGUGCUUCUGCCCUCGUGCUUCUGCCCUCGUGCUUCUGCCCUCGUGCUUCUGCCCUCGUGCUUCUGCCCUCGUGCUUCUGCCCUCGUGCUUCUGCCCUCGUGCUUCUGCCCUCGUGCUUCUGCCCCAGGUGGUGGGAUUUAUUCGCCUUGCUCUGCAUCCCAGCGCUCCCAGCGACACCGACUGCUACAGCGGGGAUCCUGGCCAUGCAGGGGAUUCCGGUUCAGGUGCAGCUGCAGGCGCUUCCAGUAUUGAUGCACUCAAUAACGAGGACAGUGCAGUCACAGGCUCAGAGGAGUGGGUGUCAGAGGAUUCUGUUGCAGUAAGCGGUUCUGCCAGUAUAGUGGAUUCUGGUAAAGUAGCGGAUGCUGCCAGUAAUGGAGCAGUCAAUAGCGAGGACAGGGAGUGGGCCUCAGGAAAUCGUGGCGGUGCAGCAGGUGCUGCUGCGGACUCCGAAGAAAUUCAACCGCCGUCCGGCCGGCGAAAGCUGGGCAGCAAAGACAAGAGGCACGAAAGGCUGGGCGGCAAAGGGAAAC